ACGCGCCGAAACUAGGUAGGUUGCAGCGAGCCGCAGAGCGAGACACAGCUGAGAGACGAGGAGCCGCUGCUUUAAUAUUCUGUAGGCGUUUUAUCCCAUGAGCAAUUCUGAGACUGUGCGGAGCGGACAGAAAGUAAAUUACUGAAAAACGCCGUAGCUUGUAUUUAUUAUUAUAAGGCCCGCGCGUGAAGAAUAGGUAGAAAAUCCAUAUGAGGAUUUGCUGUUGUGACAGUUUUCAGCUGCUCCGGUUUGGAGCUAAUAAGUGCGCGUCGCUCUCAGUGUUUCUUGUCUUCAUUUCCACCUGGAGUUGUAUGACUUGAAGAGUUGGCUACACUUCACCGCCGACAUGAGAGCUCAAAUAGAGGUGAUUCCCUGUAAAAUCUGUGGGGACAAAUCCUCCGGGAUUCACUAUGGUGUCAUCACAUGUGAAGGCUGCAAGGGUUUCUUUCGACGCAGCCAGCAGAACAAUGCUAUGUACUCCUGCUCACGACAGAGGAACUGUCUUAUUGACCGGACCAACCGUAACCGCUGUCAGCACUGCAGACUGCAGAAAUGUCUUGCUCUGGGCAUGAGCCGUGAUGCGGUCAAGUUUGGUCGGAUGUCCAAAAAGCAACGUGACAGCCUGUAUGCAGAAGUCCAGAAACACCAGCGAUCCCAGGAGUGUGCGGGCCUGGGUGUCCGCGAGGAGAAUAGUGACGCGACUGACCACGGCCGCACCUACAGAAGAGGCUCCAGCGCCACGCUCAGCGAUCUGGAGGACAUUACCACGCUGCCCGAAGGCCUGCUUUUCGACCUGCCGCUGACCCCAGAGGAUGCAGGGGGAGACUACUGUAACCUGGACAUGCUGGGAGGCAGUGCAGGCAGCAGCUCAUCCUCGCAGAGCUCACCAGAACAGACCAGCUUGGACUUUGUAGACGUCAGCCACAGCAUCAAGCAUGAGUACCAGCUGUUGCAUGACUCUGGACUCUUCUCACAUGCUAUCUUCAACCCGCUGCCUGAGGGCUGCUCCCUGCAUGAGAUAGAGCGUUUAACUCAGAGCGUGGUGAAGUCCCAUAUUGAGACGAGCCAGUACGGUACUGAGGAGCUGAAGAGAAUGGCGUGGACCUUGUAUAGCCCAGAAGAGACACGCUCAUACCAGACCAAGUCAGCUGAGGUGAUGUGGCAACAAUGUGCCAUUCACAUCACCAAUGCAAUCCAGUAUGUGGUAGAGUUUGCCAAGCGCAUUUCUGGCUUCAUGGACCUCUGUCAGAACGAUCAGAUUAUCCUCCUCAAAGCAGGCUGCAUGGAUGUUCUUCUGAUCCGUAUGUGUCGGGCCUACAACCCCAUCAAUAACACAUUAUUCUUUGACGGAAAGUUUGCCACUGCUCAGCUGUUCAAAGCUCUUGGCUGUGACGACCUUGUGAAUGCAGUGUUUGACUUAGCUAAAAGCCUGAGCCGUAUCCAGAUGUCUGAGGAAGAGAUGGCUCUCUUCAGUGCUGCUGUGCUGCUCUCACCAGACCGCCCCUGGCUGACAGAUGUUCAGAAGAUACAGAAGUUGCAGGAGAAAGUCUACGUGGCUCUGCAGCGCUGCCUACAAAGAGAGGGAGCAUCAGAAGAGAAACUAGCUAAGAUGGUGUCUAAGCUUCCCAUAAUGAAGUCCAUUUGCAACCUUCACAUCGACAAACUGGAGUUUUUCCGCCUGGUUCACCCUGAGACAGCGUAUACCUUUCCUCCUCUGUAUAGGGAGGUUUUUGGCAGUGAAAUCACCUUCCCAGACUCCACAGAGGGCUAGCAACGUUUAGCUAAAGAGCGUGAUUCAAAUAGAGACAUUGAGGUGUAGGGAGGAGGAGAUAAAAAUGUGGCAACCAGCUGAGGAAAAACCAACCAGCAGCUCAAUGACAAUCCUGCACGCUACACUUUAGGACACACUUCUCUCACCUCCCGCCCUGCAAGCUAGUCCGUUCAGCUUCAACGUAACACUACAGGAACUGCUGCUGGGUACUCAAUGCAUGUUACCUCUUUUUUUACAGUUAAAGAAAUUAUUGAGGAGUAGCUCACAUAAUUUGUAUUCUAAAAAAUAUUUUUCUAUGAGAAGACCUUAAACCUCUCAUCAUGUUGAAUUCCUUUCUAAUAUAAAUUUGACUCUCACCAUUCUCACAGUUCCUGUAAGCUAUUGUUGAAUGUACCCCUUUUUCCUUUUAACCGUUCAGCACAGCCCCUAGGCUUGAUAUAGAAUGUACAUAUUUAAAAUCUUCAGCCACUUUUUGGAGAUUUGCAGUAAUGAUGCCUGUUUCAGUUGUCAGUCUAGUAAAAAAAUUUUGUUUUAUUCAAUAUUUUUGGUUGCGCCCACAGUUUGCAGUUUUGUAAUGUAUGAACAAACUGUUUAAAGGGACCAUGAUCAAACUCACAAACAGACAGGGGUUUUUUUUUUUACUGUGUGAAUCA